CUAGGGUCACUCCAUAGAUGUACAUUGCGUCGGCCUGUCUCUUCAUGGACACCUUCUCAGCUGCUAUCGUAUCAUUAGGAUGCCAAAAUGGUGAGCACAUGGGAGUUGAUUUGCAUCGUGGGCACCAGGUCUCAUCAGAGACAUCCUUGUUGAGGGUAGGAAUGCUGUCGCGAUGCAAGAAGCCCGAUGAUCGUUUUGUAGUUGAUGAUGCUCGCAUUGUUCCAUUGCUUCCUUCCUCUGGGGACUUUUGUCUAGGAGCGCAGUAGAGGCGUA